AUGCAGACUACGGUAGCCCUCCUCGUCGCCCUGGGGGCGCUGAUCGCCGCCGCGUCGGCGGCGGUCAUGCCGCUGCGUCGCCCCUUCGGUCAGCAAGUCGUGAAACGCUCCGGGCAGGGCCUUGACGAUGUGGAGGGCGUCUGCCGCUUCUACCACCGGAAGUGUCUGGUGGGAGAGAAUUCGACGGAGCGCUGCGAGGCCAGCCUUACGGAAUGCCUCAACUAUGGGCGUAUGCUGCUCCGCGGGUCGUAUAAGCUGUGCAUGUUCCGCCUCGAGGACGCGUCAGAAUGCCAACUCCGCCAAGCGUCGGUGAUCAACAAGUUGGCCAGGUACGGCAUGUCCUCAAGGGACGUCAGCAGCCCGCAGCAGCAGCCAUACGCCCGCCGGCACGCCGCGCAAAUCCAGCGCAUUAAACAAAUGCUCGGCCAACAAUUCCCACCUCAACACCGACAACACCAAUCUGGCGACCAGGCCGUCCUCUAUCUA